AUGUCCAUUCUCUGUUACCUUUUACAGAAAAAAAUAAAUCCCUUGAUAUUUGUGGAAAGGUGUCGCCUGGUAAGAAGUGGCAACAAGGGCUAUGAUGACCACAACCUCCCGUCCACUCUGUCAGGCGAGAUGGGAGAGACGAUCGAUGCUUUCCGACAAGCUACCUUUCUGGUCUACCUGAAGUCAGUGAAGGCGUGUGAGGAGUACCAAAUCCCACUGACAGAAGACAUCCUCAUGAAAGCUCUGCUUUUCCCUGGAGACAAACUCAUCUAUGAGAAGGGCAACAUCCUCAAGCUCAGACAGCCAGGAGGCUAUUACGAUGAAAUUAAAGAAAUGACACCAACUCUAGACAAGUGGCAGACGGUAGAAGAAUCACCAGCUAUGAAGAAGUCCCAGAAGACAAUCAAGAAAAUGAGCUUUAAAGAGUUCGAGACACUGACCAGGAAACUGAAGGACAAGGGCCUCCGCAAGCCUUACGGUCAACAGGGCACCCACCCCAAUUUCUUCUGGCCAGGACACCUCCUGGAUAAACUGCUGAUCUACCUUCCCCACAAGAAGUGGGAGAAGCAACUAGUGCUUUUCAGCAAAGUGGAAAGAGAACCGCACGCCUAUCCAGCCAUCUACCAUUCUGAACGAUGUUGGCCCAUUUCCGAUACUGGCUAUGUAGUCUCUGGCCAGUGUUAUAAAAAGUCUUUCUGCUAACUUAGAUGGGGGCAGGUACCGGGAAACCCCAAACAGCUGCAGCGUCAGGCCCCCCUGUCCAUUAGACUAUAGAUCUAUAGUUGCUUGGACCCAUACAUAGCACUGCCCCUCCAUCCUACCUUCCCCUGGGCCCAUGCUGAGAUGACAGAGCCAAGAGAUAUUAUAAUGAUUGUAUGAGGA